CUCUUUGUCUUUGGCAAGAGGAGAAGGAGGUCGUGCCCUGAGCUGGAGGAGCUGCCCUGCUUCCGCUGAGACCCCCGCCCAUCGGUGGGCUCCUGGAGAAUGCUCGCCUGUUUGGCCAGAGGGAAUGUCCUGGAUAUCCUGCAGGAGGGCUUCACGGAGCAACAGCUACAGGCAUAUGUGGCCUGGGUGAAUUCCCAGCUGAAGAAGAAGCCAACAAUCAAGCCGGUCCAAGACCUGAGAAAAGAUCUCCGAGAUGGAGUUAUCCUUUCAUCGCUUAUUGAGAUUGUAGCUGGCGAGAAGCUGAAUGGAGUUCAGGUCAAUCCCACCAGUUAGCAGGAAAUGAGGGAAAAUGUGGAGAAGGUCUUGCAGUUUGUGGCAUCAAAGAAGAUCCGCAUGCAUCAGACAUCAGCCAAAGAUAUUGUGGAUGGGAACUUGAAGUCUAUCAUGAGGCUGAUUCUGGCCCUAGCAGCUCAUUUCAAACCAGGCUCGGGGAGAGCGGUGAAUCAUGGCUCACCAGCUGGCACUGGGGGGAAGAGCACGUCGGCACUGGCAUCGUCUGCCAGUCACAGGCCUCGUUCAGCUGCCGCGGUGGCCCAGGGAGCGGCGGCUGCUCUGGCAGAUGUUCGUCAAGAUGUCUCACAACUGGGCCGGGAUGUUUUUCGGCACUGGCAGAGAAACAGCAGCAUGGAUGAGGAGAUUGGAAAUCCCUAUUGGAGUGUCCGGGCAUUGGUACAGCAGUAUGAAGGGCAGCAGAAUCUACCCUCAGAGUCCCGUUCCUCCGGGUAA